AUGAGUUCCAUUGCGCGACCUGAAUCUUUUCGUUCUCCUUGGUCCAAGGUCCCGAUCAGCGUCGUUGAAGAUGUUUCGUCAGAUGAUGCGGAUAUUCAAUCUCGUUUGUGGAGCCCACCAGUUCGACCAGUUGAUCAGCUCGGUUGUCUGGUGUUAACGUACUCACUGCGACUGGGUGAACCGAAAACAUCUCAGUCGACCGCAGUCGUGGCACCUUAUACGAACACAUCCAUCCCCGUGGAUCUUUACUUUGUUGCAGCUAAUUUCAGUCAGAUCACAUCUGAUGGGGAUCCGGUCACUUGCACUUUCGACAAGGAUCUGUGCGGUUGGUCCAAUGAUCCGAAUAAUUGGCGGCAUGCUUGGUUGUUAGUUGAUUUAUCAGUGACGCAACCGGAAUCGACUCACACCAUGCCGUCAAUCAAUCAAGCACUUUGUCUAUCAGUGUCGCCCACUGACAAACACAAAUUCUCCCGCGGACGUGCUAGUAAUCCUUUACGACGUCAUCAAGCAUUCAGUUCAAUCAAUGACUCAGCUCAAGCCCGGUUGUGGAGUCCCCAGUUCCUUCGAGAAGAUAUGCUCAAGUGUUUAGCCUUUGCAUAUCACAUUGAGCACGUUCCCCUCGCAUUUGCCUCUUUAAUUUUGAUGCAAAGACAGGAAGGACCAGCCACGAUCCGAACCACAGAGACACUGAUUUCGCGAUUGUGGAGUCCUUCUGUCGGCGAUGGGAAAGAGGAAGAUUCAGAGGAGCUAGACAGCUUCAGCUCGGACGAGUUUAACGACGCGACAAUUGAUUUUGCAUCAGCGUUUCACAAACCAGUUUUGAUGGACAAGAUCGGCAUGCCCCAGUGUUUGCAAGUGUCCUAUCGUUAUUUUCCUGGGAGACUGAACUCAAAUAGUGAUAUGUCUUUCAACCGUUUGGGCAACAAUAGUCAGCCGACAUUGGCUUUGUUGAAACGACAAAAAGGUCUCAGUUUUCCCCGCUUUUCUGAUUCAUAUUGUUAUCCGUUCCAAAUUCUCAUUCAAGGUGCACAGUAUCGACAAUCAUCGGAUCGCGUGUCUUGCAAAUUCGCCUCACCAAAUCGCCCAUUCUGUGAAUGGCAACAUGAUGUGAACAAUUGGGGUGGACGUUGGAAGUCCAUGAGGGAUUCUACACAUUCUUCAUCGAACAAUUCGUACAUUUAUUUGGACAUGAAGCAAGAACUGGAGGAAGAAUUGCUUCACGAUGAAGUGUUGGCCGUUCGUCUCUGGAGUCCGCUGAUUCGUCUACGAAAACUGGAAGACCUGGAUAGACCUCAAUGUGUAUCUCUUUCCUAUCGUAUCACAACGGGUCGACAGAAUGGAGUUGCUUCAGCACGAGUAGUCCAGCGUCAUCCACAGUUGGCCCUUCUUGUUCGGCGCCAAGGGAAGUUCUGCGAGUGGAAAGAAGAUCCACGAGAUGCAGAUGUUGUAUGGAGCAAGGAGUUAUUUGAGUCGGAUCUAAGUCAUGCGAUUUGUUUGCAAUUGACUUCUGCAACUCGACGUCGUCAUAUGCGAUAUCGCUUGUCUUCUACUGGGCCGGGCUUAUCGUCUUCUACUGGACGAUUGUGGAGUAGCUCGAUUGUGCCUGAACCGGACGAGCUUAGCACGACACAAAUAAGGAACACAGAGCCUAAAUCACCACAAUGUCUUCGGCUAACCUAUCGUAUCCAGACUGGAGCUCAAAUCCGGGCUGAACGAAAAUCAGCCGACCCGCUUACAGGAUCCACUGUCCCUUCACUGUUGGACUGCAGCUUCAAUGGAUCCACGUGCCGUUGGGCGAACGAUCAUAACAACUGGCCUUCAAAUUGGAAUAUGCAAACUGAUAUGAGUGCCCUGAAUCCCACUCCGAUGGUCACAACGAAACCGGUCAACCGUCAUGGAGCAAUCUGUUUAGACCUGCACACCCAGGCGGAUCCUCCGCCACCCGGCUUCGAUAUCACAGCUCGAAUGUUUGGUCCGUUGAUCAAAGUCACCCAGUCACCGGCCUGUUUACUUCUGCACUACCAGAUUGUAAAUGGAGCGACACCUGUUGUCACGCAAUCGCACGAUAGUUCUGCAACUACGAUACCCACGAAUGAAAGCAACGCUGUUCCUAGACUAGCUGUUUUGCGUCGUCAAAUGGGACCAUUUGUGUGUCCUACCGCUUCCGUUUCAGCGCUAUUCACAAACGAUGUGACUGCACGACGUCUACGACCUCAGGCUCGUGUUAUGGAUCCGUUGAACUGCACUUUCGAGGACCAAACAUUCUGCGGAUGGAGUCAUGAUCCGCGUGAUGUAUUGGCCUGGUGGGAAGUAGAACGUUUAGUCAACACCGUUGCGCAUAAAUACGCUGCAUGUUUGUUGGCCAGUCCAGAGUUGGGAAAUUUCAGAGCGUCAGACGCUCGCCCCCUGACUCCAUCCAAACGCGACAUUUCGCCUUUGGACUGCACGUUCGAUCAAAGAAACAUGUGUGGUUGGAUACCUGAUCCGAGAGAGGGUGGAGCCCAGUGGACCGUACAAUCCGAUGUAAAGACUCCGUCGACUAUUAUCACAGCUGAUCAGGGUAUUCUCUGUCUGUCACCGUUGUCUUCUGUCAGCGAUUCGGAUGACGAAUGGCCUGACGAGUCGAAUCUUGUCCCAAAUAACGCCCAGAAACCGUCCGAGUUGAAUAAGCUCAAUGCGCGUUUAUGGAGUUCCAAAGUGCGUCAAAGACCAACAGGAUCGGUUUUUCAGUGUCUGCAGUUUGUCUAUCGAAUCCAGUCAACCGACACAAGUACUAUCAAUACGUUCCCAUUCCAACUGGCCUUGUUACGUCAUGCUUCUGGCGAUUGCACCAAGAAAAUCAAUCCGCAAAAUGGACGAUUUGUUAUUUCCUGCGAUGGUGCUCAGUUGUGGACUUCACCAAUCGAGGAUACUACAAUGGGACGUUCGUGGCGCACGAUUACUAUCGAUUUGCCCACUCCCGAGGAAGAUAUCACCGCGUUUAAGACCGUGUUUAGUUCCAACGUGCCGAUUUGGACGGUUUCGAACCCUGUUAACGCUAAGCAACAAUCGGCCUGGAGUUCCGCGUUUGUGGAUUUGACUAAGUCUGUAUCAGAUCAGCGUGACUUCAAGGGACGUUACAAUUCAUUAGGUGAUUGUAGUUAUUGGCAUAACACUAGUGCCAACGAUCCAAUUUGGUCUUCCGCCUUGGGAACAAAAACAGACGACAAUUGGCAAACGGUACUUGUCGACUUGUUACCGGAUAAAUCCGGGCCGGACAACAGAGACUAUAAGGUAAAAGUGAUCACCCCCUUGUCCUCUUUGCCACUUUUGGUUCAAGUAUACGCGGCCAUCACUCGCUUUCGCAACAUGAGCGCCAACGAGCCGUUAUGGCACAGUGAACGAUUAGAUUCACCGAUGCAAAAUCUCGGCACAACACCCUGGCAACUUGCACAAAUCGAAUUGAAUUCAACUACUGUGUCCGAUUACAAGGCAUUAUAUCAAGAUGGUCCAACCGAUUCCACAUUGUGUCGAUACCAGGGGACUGAAGGCAUAUCAAAAUUGCUCGGCUUCGUAUGGGCUCCCUCGGUGACACCAACAGUAAGCGACGCAGUACUUGUCCGUCACGUUCUUGCAAACAAAUGUAUCUUGAUUCUGCGGCCCGAAAAACUUCCACCGUAUGGUAUGUUCAUGUUCUUCCAUUUAAUGGGAUUGGCGUUCAGUGACAACGAAGAGUUGUGGAAAUCAAAUCGCACCGAUAUUCUCACAACUGCCUGGCGUGCAAUUCAUGUAGACCUCACAAGCACGGAUAGUCCAUCAUCCGAUUACAAGGUACUUCAACCUCGAUGUGAACACUAUGCUGUCGCAUUCGAUACUUGUAUUUUGUGCAGUGAUAAUGAUGGUCUUUGGACUUCCGGUCCGAUUCCAAAUCAGCCGGUUGGUUGGCACUCGGUGUUUGUAAACCUAGCUGCGACCGCAUCGUCCUCUCCGGAUUAUAAGCUUCCUUUCUUCCGUUCCUAUCUUUUCUCUGUUUUUUUCCACUCCUUUUUUCCGGCUUUGACCGCUGAUACUUCUAUGCCUAAAAUGUUCUCCCCCUCCAGUUCUUGCAAACAAAUGGUUCGUGGCUCGACUCGUCGCAAGUCUUCCAUUCUGUGUGACAACGAGGAGCUAUGGAUGUCCAAUCUGACUGAUAUCCGACUUGGUAACUGGCACUCCGUGCUUGUAGACUUGACUUUUGUGGAUACACCUUCGUCUGAUUACAAGACUCACUGUGAAAUCACUUUUACACAUCAUUAUAGGGCCUGUGUGGCUUCUGAACGUGGAUCUGUUGAUACCAUUGCAGUGAUCUGUUCUUGUAUCGCUCGUUCCGAUUCUGAAUUAGGCAAUGAGUUCGCUGUGACCUGUAAAAAUACUCGUUUAUGGCUUUCUUCAACCAUCGAUGCUGGCUCUCCUAGUGUUCCUUGGCACAUCGGUAUGGUGGAUUUGUCCAGCGAUACGACCGGCGAUUAUAAGCGAAGCAAAGACGGAGAUGUGUCGGUCACGUGCGACAACAAAGCUCUGUUUCGAACUGCAGAGGUCGGCAAGCAUUGGCAAACCGCACUGAUUAGUUUGCCCGAUGCUGCAUCGGACUAUAAGGUGUGUAUCUUGUGCAGACAAGGAACCAUUCCUGCCGGCUAUCCGGAUGCAAGAAUCUGUGUGGACAAUAUCACUUCGUACACGGAACCAUGCAGUGCUCUUCAAAAAGCCUCCAAACCCGUAUCGAAUCACUGGACCUGGGCUCAGUACUUCAGCAUCACGUUUGUUACCGCUUUGAUCCUCGGCUUGACUAUUCCCAUCUUGUUCCUGGCUAUUCUGAUUUGGGCUUGUCGUCGACGUCAUCAUUCGAUGCACUCGAGCUACACAAACAACAAACUUUUUUCGACCAACUUGUGGUACUACAUUGGCGGCAAAGAGUUGUGCGAUGAUCCAAACGGUUAUCGGGGUAGCACGAGUCUACUGCGAAGUCACAACAAGACAUAUAAUGGAUCAGGCACUGGAACCACAGGCACACUGUAUGCCAGUCAAAUCGGUGGUCCAAAUGGAUCCGAUGUGAUGGAUUUACCUGAUGUGGUCAUUCCAGGUGGUCGUGUUGUUUCAUUCAACUAUUCCGGUAACACGUUGGGACCAGGUGGCACGAUGCGUCACAUGCAACAAUCCAUGACUACGGCUAAUUCGGUUCAGCCAAUGCAUGGAUUCAAUACCAUGGGUCCACAAACUAUGACAGCCGGAAUGGGCACGGUUUCGUCACAAAGCUCUGGUACUGUGCAGACCACUACUGUACGCCCUGUAAUGUCCGAUGGGAUGCCACAAGCCGAUAGUGGGUUCACCUACCAGCCCAUACUUGAUUCAACUGGGACUGUCGGGCAAAUGCAACCACAACCACAACAAAUACAGCAACAGCAAUUGCAACAACAGGCUCCGAUUUUGAUGUCACAAUCCAUGUUACCGAAUACCUGUACAACCGAACAAAUGAUGGCUCCCACAAAUAACGGCCAAUUUAAUACAUGCGCUCCAUCGGUUACUGUCUCACAACCUAUGCAAUAUCCUGUUCAAACACAGCCUAUGCAACAGCAACAACAACAACAGUUUUUUCAACCGGCUCAGCAGCAACAACAACAACAGCAACCUUUUGCACCAGUACAGGGUAAUGUGAUGGGUAACUUCCAACCUAUCCAGCAGUCGAACACUGCACAAUCCUUUGCCGUGCCAAAUCCAGUUCCAACCGUUCAACCCCAACUCAACCAACCUCAGCCAUUGCAACAGCAGCAGCAACAACAACAAAUACAACCUCAGCAAAACGGCCUCCAGCAGCAGCAACAACCACAACAAAUGCAACCUCAGCAGAACGGUCUUCAGCAGCAACAACAACAGCCACAAGCUCAGCAACAACCGCAAAUACCGACCCAGCCUCAAAACAACUAUCUGCAAUCCAUAAAUUCGGUUCCUACGACACCCUCCGUCCCAAGUGCUGUUAUGGGCGCUCAGCAAACCCCACAACAUCGUCGCUCGGUUGUUCAACCGGUCCAACUUCCUCCACCACAGCAACAGCAGCAGCAACAACAGCACCAGUCUUUUGCAAGCCAACAGCAGUCUCGUGCUCCAUCCAGACCAGUCCCACAAUCAAACAUCCAGCCAGUUCAACCUCAGCCUCAGCAACAACAACAACAGCAACCUCAAGGCCAANCACUCCUGUGA